AUGGUUUAUUGGAGACUGCUUUUCUUCCUUUCACAUACCCUCAUCACCAACACCAUCACCAUCACCACUGCUCAGCCUAAUUUCAUAUUCAGUUUCUGUGUGCCUAAUCCAAAUAACAAAACUACUACUUAUGAGGCAAACCUCAAGACCCUCCUUUCUUCUUUCUCCUCAACCAUUAACAGAUAUGGAUUUUACACUGCUUCUCAUGGCCAAAAUUUUGAUAGAGUUAAUGCAUUAGGGCUUUGUAGAGGAGAUGUUGAACUCGAUUUUUGUCGUAGCUCUGUGUCAAUGAUUCUACUCAUAAGCUCAUACAAGUUUGUCCAAACUACACGGAGGCAAUCGCGUGGCAAUACCACAACUAUUGUUAUAAUUAUUGCCACCUCUGUCACUGGCACUGUCACUAUUCUUAUAGUUCUCUUUACCAUCUUUCUCAGAAAGCGAAAGCAUAAGAAGCCAACAGAGAAAAUUGAUAUUACGGAUGAAAUCAGUGCCGUAGAAUCCUUACAAUACUAUUUUAGUGCUAUAAAGGAUGCUAGAGACAACUUCUCUGAUAGUAACACGCUUGGACAAGGUGGAUUUGGGCCUGUUUACAUGGGUACACUUCCAAAUGGACAAGAUAUAGCUGUGAAGAGGCUAUCCAAAAAUUCUGGACAAGGUGAAGUGGAAUUUAAGAAGGAAGUUUGUUGGUGGCCAAACUUCAACAUAGGAAAAUUUGCCAAGGAUUUUAGUGGUUAUAUGCCACCAGAGUACAUAAUGUAUGGGCAAUUCUCAGUUAAAUCAGAUGUUUUUAGCUUUGGAGUAUUAGUUCUAAAAAUCGUAAGUGGACAGAAGAACAAUCAUUUUCAAAAAGCGGAGAAUGCGGAGUACCAUCUAACCUAUACAUGGAAAAAUUGGAAGGAUAAAAGGGCUUCAAAUGUGGUAGACCCCACCAUAUUGGAGGCUAGUUCAAAUUGUGUACAAGACAUAAUGAGAUGUGACAUGGCUAAGCCCAUAAAGGGUAUAGCCCACCACUUAGGACCCAAUGCAUAA